AUGAGUAUCAAUCUCAAGUAUAUUCCCUGCCCAGCUGGCAACAAGUGUACAGCAUUCAUGUGCAUUUUUGGCCACGAGAGCGACAAGGACAAGCAAAAAGAGAAGCAGACUCCCCAACCGAGCGACGUGACCCAGAAGUCAGCACCGUCUGACCGCACCGAGUCUCGCAAGACUGCAGCAGAUAGCCAGCCUGGCACUGCUCCCCCCCAGACCUCGAAACUUGAGUCAAGCGAGGAGAGGAGCCACGCUACAGCUACCGUCCCGGCAACAGCUACAAGGCCGGUAUCUCCUCCGCCGCUCAAGCGCCCGCCUACCAAACCACCAUCAGCCCUCUCUGCCACCAGUUCCCCAGCCCCAGCUCGACCUAAGCGAGCUUUGGAAGGAGGCGAGUCCAGCACAAUGAGCCCUCCAGCCAAAAAGAGGAGGCCAGAGUCGCUCAACCCUCGGUUACUCAAGAGCGCACCCGCUAGCCACGAGAUUCGUCUCAAGCUGGUCAAGUUGCUCAUAACCGAGUACAAGCGUCUGAACAAGGACCUCCAAAAGGAAAAAAGCGACGACGACAAACGUUUAUUAUUAUCAGAACAGGAUCUGAUUCACAAAGUCCUGGACGAGGAGGAAAAGAUUGCCAUUGAGAAGCCAGCAGUGUACACGAACAUCAUGAGGAACAAAAUCAUGCAGUACAAGCGUAUGCCCGUCUCCCAGUGGAAAGCAAUCAGAGAGCAGGAAAGAGCCGCGGAGCUAAGCAAGGCUAGAAGCCAGGACGGGAUGAACAUUCCAAAGGUCGUCGAAACCGGCCUGGCGCCUGCUCAGGAGGUUGAGCUCCUACAGCGCCUGCUCACCCCGAUCACGGACCUAGCGGAGUAUAACUAUGUUCCGACAGUUCCCUUAGAAGAAGCUAUCAAGAAGGCCCGGGAAGGCAGGGAGGCGGGCAAGGGCUGGGAGCAGUGUGAUCGCUGCCAGAAGCGGUUCCAGGUCUUCCCGGGACGGCGCGUAGAGGACGGAGCACUCACUUCCGGCGGAAGUUGCAGGUUCCACUGGGGGAAGACUUAUCUUCCAGCCAAAGCCCCAGGCGACAGGACAAAGAUUCCGAAGCGGUAUCGUUGCUGCAACGAGAAUGUUGGCGAAUCGGCAGGGUGCACUGAAAUGGUGAACCACGUCUACAAGAUCAACGAUCCGAAGACCUUGGCCUCCAUACUUAACUAUGUGGAAACCCCGGACAACCCCGCGGCGCCAAAGGACAGAGCGGUGGGCUUCGACUGCGAGAUGGGGUACACCGUGCACGGGCUGGAGCUCAUCCGGUUGACAGCCGUCGACUGGCCCUCCGGAAAUGAGCUUCUGGAUAUCUUGGUUCGGCCCCUGGGAGACAUUCUGGACCUGAACUCACGCUUCUCGGGUGUGUGGCCGGAGGACAUGGCCCGGGCCAAGUCUUGGUCCCCUACUGACGAUCUUUCGAUGCUGUUUAAGAGCGGCUCGGAAGGGGGGAGCGAAGACGGCGAAGUCAGAUCUCGUAAGACGGAUCUCAAAAUCGUCUCCUCCCCUGAGGUGGCCCGGGGCCUUCUCUUUUCCUUGAUCUCUCCGGAGACGCCUCUAAUCGGGCAUGGAAUUGAGAACGAUUUGAACGCUGUGCGUAUCGUUCACCCAACGGUGAUCGAUACUGUAUUGUUGUUCCCUCACAAAGCCGGCCUCCCUUAUCGGCACGGUCUCAAGAUGCUCAUGGAACAGCAACUGAAUCGAAAGAUUCAGCAAGAGACUGGGGAGAAGAUGCUUGGUCAUGAUUCUGCUGAGGACGCUCGAGCGGCAGGUGAAUUGGUCCGCCUUAGAGUGAUGCAGGAAUGGACCAAGCUCAAGAAGGGUGGGUGGAAGUCGGCCAAUGGGGCACUCGUUCCGCCAGAGCAGUGGUAG